UCAGUGCGUAGCAGCGCGAGAGCGGCGUCCCGGCCGAGAGAUGAACGGCUCACACUGGAGCGACUUGUGAAGGUGUUUUGUUUAUUUAUUUCACCGGUGGAGAUGUCUCUGUCGUCCGUACACAGCUCGGACACGACGAGCCGGAGGAGGAGGCAGGAUGAACACACGCAGGAUUCUGCAUGCGAGCUUGAUCCCCAGUCAGGUUGCAAUCGUGAACAGUUCGUUGACCGACUGUGCGGCACCCAGCAACUUAACGCAGCGCACGUCCCCGCUCCGUCUUCAUAUCACUGCUUAUGUCCUGCAACGAAAUGCCUGUCUGCACACACGUGCCCGAGCCAUCAUGCCUGUGAGGACAGCUGGGAGGAGAUCCAAACCAAGAGGACGAUCAGAGCAGAGAACGAAGUGGAAGCAAACAAGCUGGUCAACAACUAUCGGUUUGGUUUUAGAAAAUGGAAGAGUCACGUGACCGAGCGGCCGCUGGAAGACAGAUCAGACGUUGUGAAAGAGCUCUACUCUGAACUGAACGUCAUUAAACCACACUCGGGUCCAGGUCAACUCAUCACUUGUGGAAAUAUAGCGUAUGUGUUCCUCUUUGGUUGGUGGGUCUCUCUGGCGUAUUUCCUGGUGGGCGUACUGAUGUUCAUCACGGUCACUGGGAUACCGUACGGUAACCUUUGCUGGAAGCUGAGCCUCUACUUCCUGUGGCCAUUUGGAAACUCCAUCCAUGAGAUAGGAAAUACGUUGAGGAGAUGUUGUGAGCUCGCACCAGACUGUGAGUGUAACAUAACCCCAGCAGACGACAACUCCCCGGUUCUGCUGCCUUCACCCACUGAGGUUCUCCUCCCAGAGAUGCCACAACGACCUCAGCGCGUUCCCUACUGGCGUCGAGUCUCCACCUACGUGUGGCUGCUGCUGGGAUAUCCUCCCCUGGUGGUCAUUCACACUCUGGUCUGCUUCAUCUCCUGGAUCCUGGUCUUCACCAUCCCAGUAUCCAAGAUGAACGCACAAACUCUGGCCGUCAUUCUCCUCUUGGCUCCGGAGGAUGUCUCCGUCACCACUAGCUCUCAGAGGAAGCACCAAGGCUACGAGACCAGAGCGCUGCUGUGUUGCUACCACGCCGCAAACUGGUACUACUACAAGUACACUGUGGAUGGGAUCAAUGUGUUUGCUGUCAACCUCCUCCCUCUAGUAAUAGUGGCCUUGGUAAUCGGAUACAUUGACAGAGAAAACCAGUACGCCAGCUCUAACGUCAAGUUCGCCAUCGCCCUUUGUUCCAUCAUCCCUCUGUCAUAUUAUAUUGGCAUGGGCAUCGCCAGCAUUUCAGCCCAGAGUAACUUCGCUGUGGGCGCAGUGGUCAACGCCACCUUCGGCUCCAUCACAGAGCUGACCUUUUACAUCACAGCCUUGCUCAGAGGUCACCAGGCAGCCAACCCGUGUCUGCAGGAGGUGGUCAAGGCAGCGCUGACUGGCACGCUGCUGGGAUGCAUCCUCUUCAUCCCUGGCAUUUGCAUGAUAAUUGGAGGCCUGAGACACAGCGAACAAAGAUUCAGCAGCCGCUGUACGGGAGUGAGCUCGGCGUUGCUCUUCAUCUCUGUCGGAGGCGUGUUUGCCCCCACGCUGUUCUCCAAGGCUUAUGGAAACUUGGUGUGCGACGCUUGCACCAACUCCACUGGAGGAAACACCACGAGCAACAGCAGCGGACCGUUUGUCUGCCACAACUGCCACUAUGAUGUGCAGAACAAUGGCACUCUGUUCCACAACCACGUCGAGCCACUGGUGUACACAGUUUCUGCCCUCUUGCCAGUCGCCUACAUCAUUGGACUAAUAUUUACACUGAAGACACACUCCCACAUUUACAACAUCCAUGUUGGAGAAGGACAAGUGACUGGACAUCACGGGACGGUGGUCCACUGGUCGCGGUGGAGGUCUCUGGUCAUCCUCAUCAUGGCCACCGUGCUCACGUCUGCCUGCGCCGAUCUUGCCACCGAGCACAUCCAGCCCAUAUUAAACCAGCCCAACAUCUCCCAGUAUUUCAUAGGGGUCACAGUUCUCGCUAUGGUCCCCGAGAUCCCAGAGAUCGUUAACGGGAUCCAGUUUGCUCUCCAGAACAACAUCAGCCUCAGCUUGGAGGUGGGAAGCUGUAUUGCUGUGCAGGUCUGCAUGCUACAGAUACCUAUACUGGUUUUAUUUAAUUCCUUCUAUGAUGUGGGAUUCGUUCUGUUAUUCAGUGACCAGCACCUGUGGGCCAGCAUCUUCAGUGUGAUCCUCGUCAACUACAUCUUCAUGGACGGCAAGUCUGAUUAUUUCCAGGGUACAGCUCUGGUGGUCGUCUACCUCAUCCUCCUCGCUCUCUACUACUUUGCUCCAUCUCCGGCUGGUUGUUGAGUGUGGGACUGUAAAUCACAGCCUCCGUUACACUUUCUCACGCCUUGAGGAAACUAACUAUCGAUCCCAUCUUAUUUUGGCAGAAGUUAUGACUCUAUAAUAACGUGAGAGUCCUGAUAAGUCUUCUUUUUUUGUUGUUGUUGCUUUUUAAGAUAAGAUAACUUAUUUGACUGUAUAAAUGUAUGAACCCUGGUGUUUUCAGGUGAAUUUAUAAACUCACAAACGUAAUAGUUUCAUAGUUUUCAGGCUAAUAACUUAUCUUUGUAAACGGCAAAUGUAUUUUUAACACACAAAUGGACUCAAAACAGGUCAAAAAUAUCUGCGCCAACGUUUUUUUUUAAGGUACUACUG